UAGGGUAUUGUGUGCGCUUGCCAACACUGCCCGAAAUUGCGAAUCAAGAAAAAAUUGUAAACAACUUGGGCCGAAAUAUGAUACACAGUUUGUUUAUCGUUAACAGCGGGGGCGAGGUGUUCCUAGAGAAGCACUGGCGGUCUGUCGUCUCGCGAUCCGUUUGCGAAUAUUUCCUCGAUGCGCAGCGCGCUGCACCAUAUGAUGUGCCGCCGGUGAUAGCCACGCCCCACUACUACCUCAUCACGGUGCAGCGGGAGGCGGUCUCCCUGGUGGCCGCCUGCAAGCAGGAGGUGCCGCCACUCUUUGUGAUCGAAUUCCUGCACCGUGUGGUGGACACAUUCCAGGACUACUUUGGCGACUGCUCGGAGACGGUGAUCAAGGACAACUAUGUGGUCGUCUAUGAGCUGCUCGACGAGAUGCUGGACAACGGCUUUCCCCUGGCCACGGAGAGCAACAUCCUGAAGGAGCUGAUCAAGCCGCCGAAUAUACUCCGCACCAUUGCCAACACCGUCACCGGCAAGAGCAAUGUCAGCACCAUCCUGCCCUCGGGCCAGCUGUCGGCCAUACCCUGGCGACGGAGCGGUGUGCGGUAUACGAACAACGAGGCCUACUUCGAUGUCAUCGAGGAGGUGGACGCCAUCAUUGAUAAGUCCGGAUCCACUGUCUUUGCCGAAAUCCAGGGACACAUCGAUUGCUGCAUCAAGCUGUCGGGCAUGCCGGAUCUGACGUUGUCCUUUAUGAAUCCACGCCUCUUCGACGACGUCUCGUUCCAUCCGUGCGUGCGGUUCAAGCGCUGGGAGGCCGAGCGCCUGCUCUCCUUUAUACCGCCCGACGGAAAUUUCCGUCUGAUGUCCUAUCACAUUAGUUCGCAGUCGGUGGUGGCCAUACCCAUUUACAUACGGCACAACUUUUCGAUUAAGACGGGCGAACAGGGCCGCCUGGAUCUGACCAUUGGGCCACGCAACACACUGGGACGCACCGUGGACAAAGUGCGGCUGGAGCUAACGAUGCCCCGGUGCGUGCUCAAUUGCCUGCUGACGCCGAAUCAGGGCAAAUAUACGUUCGAUUCGGUCAGCAAGACGCUGUCCUGGGAUGUGGGCCGCAUCGAUGUCUCCAAGCUGCCCAAUAUACGUGGAUCGGUGUCCAUCACACCGGGCACGACCAACAUCGAUGCCAAUCCAUCGGUGAAUGUGCAAUUCCAGAUAUCGCAGCUGGCCGUCUCCGGUCUGAAGGUGAAUCGCCUGGACAUGUACGGUGAGAAGUACAAGCCCUUCAAGGGCGUCAAAUAUCUGACAAAGGCGGGCAAGUUUCAAGUGCGAAUGUAAACGAAUGGCGUCCAUCCUAACCGGCCAGGCAACCGCAAACCAGCCUUCAUUAAGUGUACAUCUUAAGCGUAUUCCAAAUACCUUGUUUUCUGUCACCCCGCUAUCUCUAACUAUCCAUCUAUCCAUCCAUUCCUUGCUCUGUCCAUUAAAGAAGAGCCACAGCCCGAUGGCUUCAAAU